CGGCUGGCGCCUCCAUGGGAACAGCUGCUAUUCCUGCUCUGCCGUGGCCCCAUUUCCCGCCGGUUCCCCCGGGGUUUUGGGGAUAUUUUUUGGGAUCAUUCCCGGUGUUUUUCCCAGAUUUGCUGUGCCGGUUGCUGGGGCGCUCGCGGCGCUGCGGGGCCGGCUGGCGCCUCCAUGGGAACAGCUGCUAUUCCUUCUCGCGGCGCUCGCUCACCUGGGCCGGGGCCCGCAACGCCUGCAGCGACCUGGGCGCGCACCUGGUCGUGGUCGGCUCCGACACGGAGCAGGAGUUCCUGCUGGAGCACAGUGAGCGCGGCGCCUCCUACUGGCUGGGGCUGACCAAGGGAGAGGAGGGGAUGUGGAGCUGGGUCACCGGGGAGAACUCGGAUUUCAGAUAUUGGGACAUUUGGAGGAAGGAUCCUCACAGGCAGCUGAAGAACUGCAGCACCAUCGGGGGCGAGGGGCGCUGGGUGCACGAGCACUGCUGGGAACGGCAACGCUGGAUCUGUGAAAAACCUGGCAAUUGUUGAAUUCUGCUUUUUUUUUUCAUUUUUUCACCCGUUUUGGGGUGGUUCGGAAUGGAUCUGUUAAAAAAACAGAAAAUGGAAUUUUUCCUGGAAUAUUGGAGGGUUGGGGAAGCGAUGGCAAGGAUUGGGAGGGGCGGUGAUGGCGAGUUUUGUGUCCAAGAAAAUGACCCCAAAUUCUCUCAAAAUAAACCCAAAAUAAACC